AGUGAGAGGAGGGAUGCUGUGAAUACUGUGAAGGCAAAGACUGCAGCAUCUUCAGCCAGAGAAGCAGUCAACGUCUCCUUCUCCCUCCGCCGCCCUCGUCGCCCACCACGGGGUGUCUGCGCGCUCCUGACACCACGCACGCUCCUCGCACGAACGCGCACGAUCCUUUUUUUCAUCCGCUUCACCUUCUCGUCUUCAUCGUUUUUCUUUGCUGGGAUUGGAUUCAUUACGCGGAGGCUGGCAGGCAGCAGAGGCGCGACCCCGCACCUCGCACCUUGUUGUGUACGUGCGUGCGCAGCGCAAUGACACGCGCUUGAUGGAAGACUGACGCCUCGUGCACGCGCCUCACCAGCCUGCCUCUCCUCUCCUGGAAUCUUCUGCUUCUCCCUCCCUCGCUCCCUCACCCGCGCGCACAGCAUCUCCCGUACUCGUGCGCGACCCCCACACAGCUUUGUGUCUUUGCCUAUUGCGGACACGCGCGCGCCACCCCUCCGAGGACUCGCCCGCGCGGCCACGCUGCGUCAAGAGCGCCAGAGCAGAGCAAAGGGAAGGGGGGAUUUAAGCAUCCGAGAGCAAACAUGAUGGCCGGCGGAGCAGUGCAGCAGAACGGCCUCUUCGCCACCCCCCACCACCACAACCAGCAGCCCCACAUGGAGGCCGACCCUCCGGACUCGCGCAAAAGACCCCUGGAGACCCCCACCGAGGCCAGCAGCACCAAGCGCACCAACACGGGAGUGGCCUUCCUGCAGCCUCUUUUUGAAAGUGAAGGCAUUGUUUUCCCACACCAAGAAACUGAGAGCCAUGAGGAAGGUGAGUACUUCCUCAAGGUUCUGAUUCCCAGCUAUGCGGCCGGCUCCAUCAUCGGGAAGGGAGGACAGACCAUCGUCCAGCUGCAGAAAGAGACGGGAGCCACCAUCAAACUGUCCAAAUCCAAAGACUUCUAUCCUGGCACCACAGAGCGUGUGUGCCUAGUCCAGGGCACGGUGGAGGCGCUGAACGGUGUUCACGACUUCAUCGCCGAAAAAGUACGAGAGAUGCCUCAAAGCAGCCAGAAGUCAGAACCUGUCAGCAUCCUGCAACCUCAAACCACCGUCAACCCCGACCGCGUCAAACAGGCCAAGCUGAUCGUCCCCAACAGCACGGCAGGGCUGAUCAUCGGGAAGGGCGGGGCGACAGUCAAGGCGGUGAUGGAGCAGUCGGGGGCGUGGGUGCAGCUCUCCCAGAAGCCCGAGGGCAUCAACCUGCAGGAACGUGUGGUCACCAUCAGCGGCGAGCCGGAGCAGAACCGCAAAGCCGUGGAAAUCAUCGUGCAGAAGAUCCAGGAGGACCCUCAGAGCUCGUCCUGCCUCAACAUCUCUUACUCCAACAUCACCGGCCCCGUCGCUAACUCCAACCCCACCGGCUCGCCAUACGCCAACUCCACCGAGGUCAUGCCCGCCGCCGCUGCCGCCGCCGCAGCCACAGCAUCGUCCCUGCUGGGCCAGGCCGGCCUGGCGGGGGUGGGGGCUUUCCCGACCACGAUGUCCAGCCUGUCCGGCAAUGACUUGCUGGCCAUCACAUCGGCGCUCAACACUCUGGCGAGCUACGGGUACAACACCAACUCGCUGGGUCUCGGCCUCAACCCCGCCGCCGCGUCAGGGGUGCUCGCCGCAGUGGCGGCUAAUGCUAACCCUGCGGCGGCCGCCGCAGCUAACUUGUUGGCAUCCUACGCCAGCGACGCGUCCACCAGCGCCGCCCACCCAGCAGCAGGCCUGGGGGGAUUCUCCUUGGGAUCCCUGGCCGCCGCCACCGGAGCCACCAACGGCUACCUGAGCGCCGCCUCGCCGCUCGUGGCGUCAUCGCUGCUGGCCACGGAGAAGCUAGCUGAGGGAGCGAAGGAAGUGGUGGAGAUCGCCGUGCCGGAAAACCUGGUGGGAGCCAUCUUGGGAAAAGGAGGGAAGACGCUAGUGGAGUACCAGGAGCUGACCGGAGCCAGGAUCCAAAUCUCCAAGAAAGGCGAGUUCAUCCCCGGAACUCGGAACAGGAAGGUCACCAUCACGGGCUCACAGGCGGCGACGCAGGCCGCACAGUACCUGAUCAGCCAGCGAAUCACCUACGAGCAGGGGGUGCGCGCCACCAACCCCCAGAAGGUGGGCUAAAGCUGACAGCCAAUCACGAGUGAGGAGGGGAAAAAGAGGCGGGGCUUGGGGGAGGAGAGGAGGGCACGAAUGUCAGAUGGAAUGGCUUUUUCUUCUGCGUCUUUUCAGUAUUCUCGACUACAAAAAAGUGAAAAUGUGCUGAGAUGACAAGGGGGAGGAGUUAUCACGCUGAAAAAAAAAAACAAGAAAAAAAGUGUAAAAUGUAAAUAAGUUUUAUUACUUCACGUCUUUCUGGAUUUUUUAUUGGUUUGUUUUAUUGUUUGGUUUUGUAACUUAAGAUGUUUGUUUGUGGACACGCUGAAUGACAGGAAGUAGGGGAGGGGAGGGGCGAGUGGACGGCGUGGGCCCUUCCCCCUCCCUUCCCCACACCCCCACCCUCCUAUAGGGUUUUUGUUUUCUUUGAUUUGCCCCUCCCCUUUUUAGCCCCCCCCCCUUCUUGACAUGCCCCGCCCCCUUGAUGAGGGCUCGAUGACUGCAAAGUUGAGAUGCGUGCACGUAAGGAAACAACACAACACCUCCCCUUUCCUCCAAGAGGAGGUGGGGGUGCGGCUGUCGUGGGAGGAGUUCCCUCAUGUGCACGCCGGCCCCGUGACGCCGAGGCGCACGGCGAUGACCUCACGUAGCGCGCUAGCUGGCUAGCUAGGAAGGAAGCACGCGAGCGACACUGUGCACGGCGGCGUGAUGACAUCAUCACUAUUUAUUACUGAGGAGUUCACGUCUUUGUUAACGUGUGAAUUCAUCUUGAAUGUAAAUGAUUUUCUUUUAAUUUAAGCGUUGGACUGCAGAUGAAUGCUAAUGUCACAUAGUCUAAUAUAAUUGUCUUAUUUAAGAGAGGGCGCCACCUAGUGUUUGAGCAGGGAACACAACACUGGCAGCCAUGUUUGACGCCAACUGUCUCGCCGAUCCUCCCUCGCGCUCUGACGGAGAAAAAGAAAAUAAUGGAGUCACUGCUGCUCCCCCUGUGGCCCUAAAGGGAAGCAAUAGCACUUAGGACUAACUACUGACACACGCCAACACUGACAGGCGACGAGUGGGGCAGAGGGCGGGGGGGCGGAGUCUCGUGCAUAUCACGAAAAACAGAUAGGCGCCCCCGUGUGGCGGACGCAAGGCUGCUCAAUAUACUGUUUGUUUUUGUGACUGUCUUGUUGUUUUUGUUUUUUUUUUACAGUCGCAGUACACUGAAUCUUUUGUCUUAAUGCACUGUGAAGCGAGGGGGUGGUCCUCGCUGCCUCUUGAGCGAGCGGGGCGGGGGUGAGGGCGGUUCUCGCGGCCUCCGAGGUCAGGGACGCAAUUGGAUGACUUUUGUAUGGCAGGGAACACUAACAUAUGACAUUAUGUGACAUAUGACUAUAUAUACAGUAAGGGGCAGGAAUGCAUAUGAAGAACCUCAGCGGGCAGGAGAGAAGGUCGAUGAAGGGCAUCAAUCCAUUGAGUUCAAAGGUCACCUCUCCUGCUGGAAAGGUGGGGGGGGGGGGCGCAGGAGACCAAUUUCUGAAUUUUUGACAUCCAAAAGUUUGACAUCCAAAAGAAAUUCAAGUGUGAUGGAAUGUAAACAUGCCAAAAAGUGGAGGAGUGGAGGGGGUGCAUAUAAUUUACUCACCCUCAGGACCCUGCUGAGGGCGGUGCAGGGGUCGGGCGGGUGGGGACUCCUCUUCCGAAGCAAUGUGACCCAAAUUGGUGGUGAUGGAGUCACUGGGCCAGCAAGGCUUUCUGGUAAGGAGGCUUCUUUACUCCAUCUUAACUCCAUCCACUCUCCUCACCCUCCCCCUCCCCCUCCCACCUAGCGCACCCCCAUCCCGUCUCCGCCUCCUCCUACCACAUCGCUCCAUGGGUGGCCAUGAUGCAUGUCCUCCUCUUCUGCUGCUGCUGCUGCUGCUUCUUCUCCUGGGGAGACGCUGUGUGCUGGAAAGGAAGUUCUACUGUUGUUUGUGUCGUCAUGGUGACAACGGGAAGCGUGCUUGUCCUGCUGGAGGACGCCGCCGCCUUGUGUGCAGCAGACAUUGUCCCAACCUGAAGUCGUCUUCACGAGUAUUUGAGGUGUUUAGAAGUGCCAUGAUGAGUGAUGGAUCCAUGAGACAGAAGCAGGAAGCGGUGCCGGCUUGGGUGUCCUGUCCAGUACGCUCCUGCGGGGGGCGGCGUUGAGUUCACGUUCCCAUUCCCGCUCUUUGAAGUUGCUUUUUUUUCGGAGUGAACAUUUUGACAGCUAAAAUGUGAUGAGUACUGGAAGCAAUACAUGUGCUAGCACGUUGUCUCGUCCCGUCCUUUUCCUGUCUAGACGCUUUUACGAGUAGUUAGAUGUUUUUCUCCUUUUCUUUGGUGGGAAAUGCUGCUAAGAAAUGCUAAUUGAUGUACGCAAAAACAUGUCCACCCUUAGCUGGAGGUCGCUGACCACGAGUUAAAGAAGCUCGACUAGCUGACGCCGUGCCAAAAUAGCUCUCACGUUGAUUUGAUAUCGCAGACGUACUUUUAUACGAGGACAAAUGUGAAAAGUGCCAAAUGAAGCAUAUUUAUCAUUUCUAGGACAUAAACGCAACAGCACUACCACUCUGGGCUAGAUGAAACAAUAACAUAGCGAUAGCUUAGCAUUAGCAUUAUAAUGCUGAAGAAAAUGUGACUACUUAGCAUUCUUAAAUACAACUUUUUAUAGUGACAAUGAAGAUGUAUUUUGUGGAAAUAGAUGUUAACUUUUUUGCACGUAUAUAUAAAUAUAUAUAUUGCAUGACGUCAAGUGUGGACUACAAAAAAAAACUACAAAAAAAUUAGACUGUGUCGUUUCAUUACCAUGCGGGGGGAGGGGUCACGCGAGCUAACAAAACCAUCACGAACUAAAUAACCUGAGAACAAAAAAAAAACAACCCCAAUGCCUCACGUGCACACUGGAGGCUUUGGCUAACGUUGCUAACAGCGUCCAAAUGCUUUCACAGUUUAUACUGUACCUCCAUGUUGUUGUUUUUAUGCAAGUCAGUAUUCGGUAUUGCGGUGACACGCCCACUUCCUGUCAAUUUCGGCGAAAUCUUUUCUGAAAGAACAAAAAAGUGCGUGUUUGCCCGGUCGGCGUGCCGUUGCAAACCACACCUUCUCACCUCAUCGCUUCUGUGUGGGGGUGCGGCUCUUCCACAUCUGCCCCGCCCACUCUACCAGCCCUUUUUUCUGAUUGCCCCUCCCCCCGCCACCCUUCCCACACACACACACACACACACACAUACACGAGGGAGGGGGGGAUGGCAUGAACACCAGCAAGUGUAGAGAGCAUUUGUCAUGUCACUGUUUCUUCUUCUUGUUUAUUUUGCUGCUUGAUGACUAACUGACGACAAGAUGCCAUUUUGUGUGUGUAGCCUGUUUACCCCUCCACACCCCCCGAACGCACCCUCUUCUUUGCACUUUCACUGCCCACUCCUCCUCCUCCUCCAGUGCCAAACUCCGUGGCGAGGACACACAAAGGCGUCGAGGGCGUCUUUCUUAGCGUAUAGUCGUGUGUGGGACAUCCAUCCCGAAGGCACCCAUGAAGCCAGCAUGCUCCGCCCCCUCAUAACAUGAUGUCGCUCAUGACGCCGCCAACCGACAGCACCUUUUUUGCCGCCCACCACCUCCGCCUCCUCCACCCUCUCCACACACCUCCACACCAGGAUUAACCCCCCACCCCCCACAGGCAGGCCGCCGCUCAUGCCAGCUGCUUUCCUAAUUCUGUCAUCUUCUUCAGCCGUGGGACAUCAUUGAUUGUGUGCCAUAGUGUUGGGGGCACCUGUCACCCUCCUCACCCCCCCCCCUCUCUGUCCUACCCCACCCCACCACCACCACCACACCCUUCGCUCCAUUGAUUUUCCUGGAUGGGAAAGAUUCAUUCUUCUAACGACAGCAAUCUUUUUUUUGUUUGUUUGUGACGGCGCCGUGCGGAGUGUUGACGCCAUCUCUGUCCUCCUCUUGAACUGUUUGAACUUUCACCUCCUCCCCCCACCUCAUGAACUUUAUUGACCUUCCUCCUCCUCCCCCCUCCUGUGUCCAUCCAGCUGUUUGGGACAAUAACUCUUCAUUCCAUCCCUACCCCCCACUCCCCCUCAAAAAAAAAACAACAAAAAAACAAAACGACAACCUCUGUGAGACUGUGCAAUGCUCGCUGAUGUGAUUGGAUUCUUUUUCUUUGUUUGUUUGUUGCUCAUCAUCGGGGACGACGCUCUGACAAACAAAAUAGACGGAAAAAUUUGGAGGAAAAAAAUGCAGACAAAAAAAAAGAGAGAAAAAAAACACAAAACUGUUUCCUCACCUUUUUGUUCUUUCAUUGUAAAUAUUUUUGUCAAGUGUUCGGGGGUUGGGAGGGGGCGUAUUGGGGGCGGCAGCAUAAAGACGCUGGUUAGUCGCUGUUAGUUGUGCUCUUGUUAGUCGUGUUCAGUUAGCUGCUGUAUUCCCACGAACUAGUUGUAGUCGUAGUAGUGAUAAUAGGAGUCAUUGUCAGUCAUUGACCUGCGGGUGGCGCCACUGUCAGACAUAUCACUCGCUCAGCUCGGCUCAGGUGUGUGCUUCAGGAGGCGGAGCUAAACCUUUGUGCAAUACAGUCCGGUUUACAUGAAAGGUCAGCACAUAUCUCCACCUGCUCCCAAGUGUUCAAAAGGUGAGAUCAGGAAGUAAACGUCUCAUUUCACCGCAUGGCUCCAAGCUCCACCCCUGAUUUAUGCUGCCCGCCCCAUUUCCCACACAUGAGCUAUUUAUUAUUAUCAUGACACAAAAUAACAGCAAGAAUUUAAAAAAGGGAACGACUGGAAAAAAAAGUGAAAUUAAUAUUGUUUUGCUUUAUUUUUGUUUUUUUUUUGUUUUUUUUAUUAGUAUCUUAGUGGUUGCUUUUUAACAACAUUCAUUACCUGACGUAAAGAGUAUUGAAUAUUUAAUGUAACUGUAGCAUUGUGUUUGUAAAGAGAAAAAAAAAACUAGUGAGUUGUGUUUGUUGACUUGUGGAUUACCAGUGAAGUGGGCCAUCUAGUGCUAAUAAUAUCUUUGAGGUCAUUUUCUAAGAUUCUUAUUUGCCACAGCAACAGCAGUCAUUAUAAAUGUUCAUUUUAGCAUCA